CAAAGGGCCCGGGCAAACUCGCCGCCCGGCCUCCUUGCGCUCGGGGAGGCGGCGGCGCCCGCGGUGGAUCGCGCAGGGCGGCGCGCGCGGGGCAGGGAGCCGCGGCCGCAGGAGCGCGGGAUGGGGAAGAGCCGCGAGAUGCGCCUGGCUCACCUCUGCUGCUGCUGCUGCCUCCUUUACCAGCUGGGGGUCCUGUCGAAUGGGAUCGUUUCAGGGCUGCAGUUCGCCCCGGACCGGGAGGAGUGGGAAGUCGUGUUUCCUGCACUCUGGCGCCGGGAGCCGGUGGACGCGGCCGGCGGCAGCGGGGUCAGCGCCGAGCCGAGCUGGAUACGCGGCUCCCGGACUCCGGCGGCCGGCAGCUCCCGCGAAGUGCGCUCCGUGGCCCCGGCGCCGCCCGAGGAGCCCGCGGAGGGCCCGUCCGAGCCCCCGCCCCGGCCCCCGCCGCCGCCCCCGCCGCCGGAGGGCGAGGAGGACGAGGAGUUUGAGUCGCAGGAGCUGCCUCGGGGAUCCGGCCGGGCUGCCGCGGUGUCCCCGGGCGCCCCGGCCUCGUGGCAGCCGCCGCCGCCCCCACUGCCACCCCCGUCUCCGCCCCCGGCCCUGCCCGCUGAGCCGGAAGGCGACGAGGUGCUGCUGCGGAUCCCGGCCUUCUCCCGGGACCUCUACCUGCUGCUUCGGAGAGACGGCCGCUUCUUGGCGCCGCGCUUCUCGGUGGAGCAGCGGCCGAGCCCCGGCCCGGGCCCCACGCGGGCAGCCGCCGCCCCGGGCCCUCCCGCGCCGCCCGACGCCGCCUGCUUCUACACCGGGGCGGUGCUGCGGCACCCCGGCUCCCUGGCGUCUUUCAGCACCUGCGGAGGUGGCCUGAUGGGAUUCAUUCAGCUCAAUGAGGACUUCAUAUUUAUCGAACCGCUCAAUGACACAAUGGCCAUAACGGGUCACCCGCAUCGUGUCUACAGGCAGAAAAGGGCUGUGGGGGAGAAAGUCACAGAGAAGCCCACCCCUCACAGCCAGUACUGUGGUGUCCUUUCAGAUAAAGGAAGACCUAGAUCUAAAAAAAUAACAGAGAGUGGAAGAGGGAAACGAUAUUCGUACAAAUCACCUCAGGAAUACAACAUAGAGACGGUCGUGGUAGCAGACCCAGCAACGGUCUCCCACCACGGAGCGGAUGCGGCCAGGAGAUUCAUUCUGACCAUCCUAAACAUGGUUUUUAACCUUUUCCAACACAAGAGCCUCGGCGUGCAGGUCAGCCUUCGUGUGAUUAAGCUUGUUCUGCUCCAUGAAACGCCGGCAGAUCUCUAUAUCGGGCACCACGGGGAGAAAAUGCUGGAGAGUUUUUGUAGGUGGCAACAUGAAGAAUUUGGCAAAAAGAAUGACAUACAUUUAGAGAUGUCAACCAGCUGGGGAGAGGACAUGGCGUCCGUGGAUGCAGCCAUACUUAUAACGAGAAAAGAUUUCUGUGUGCACAAAGAUGAACCAUGUGAUACUGUCGGCAUAGCUUACUUGAGCGGAAUGUGCAGCGAAAAGCGGAAAUGCAUCAUCGCCGAAGACAGCGGCCUGAACCUGGCGUUCACGAUUGCUCACGAAAUGGGCCACAACAUGGGCAUCAGUCACGACAAUGACCACCCCUCCUGCGCAGACGGUCUUCAUAUCAUGUCUGGUGAAUGGAUCAAAGGACAAAAUCUCGGUGACGUUUCCUGGUCCCAAUGUAGCAAGGAAGAUUUGGAGAGAUUUCUGAGGUCAAAGGCCAGUAACUGCCUGCUGCAGACAAAUCCCCAGAGUGUCAACUCCAUCAUGGUCCCCUCCAAGUUGCCAGGGAUGACAUACACCGCUGACGAGCAAUGUCAGAUUCUCUUUGGGCCACUGGCUUCCUUUUGUCAAGAGAUGCAGCAUGUGAUUUGCACAGGCUUGUGGUGCAAGCUGGAAGGGGAGAAGGAGUGCAGAACCAAACUCGACCCCCCGAUGGACGGGACCGACUGUGAUGCUGGAAAGUGGUGUAAGGCUGGCGAGUGUACCAGCAGGACCUCCGCACCUGGACACGUGGCCGGAGAGUGGAGCGUGUGGAGCCCCUGCAGCCGCACCUGCAGCGCCGGGAUCAGCCGCCGAGAGCGCACGUGUCCCGGGCUAGGCUCUGAAGCAAGGGACUGUAAUGGUCCCAGAGAACAGUACAAAGUGUGUGAGAAUCCGCCUUGUCCUGCAGGUCUGCCUGGAUUCAGAGACUGGCAAUGUCAGGCCUCUGGUGUCAGAGCCUCGUCCCCAAAGCAUGUGCUUCAGUGGCGAGCCGUCACGGAUGAAGAAAAACCAUGCGCCUUGUUUUGCUCUCCUGUUGGGAAAGAGGAGCCUGUUCUCCUGUCCGAGAAAGUGAUGGAUGGAACUUCUUGCGGAUACCAGGGACUAGAUUUCUGUGCCAGUGGCCGGUGUCAGAAGGUCGGCUGCGACGGCCUGCUGGGGUCUCUGGCGAGGGAAGACCACUGCGGUGUGUGCAAUGGCAACGGGAAGUCGUGCCGAGUCGUUAAAGGAGAGUUCAAUCACACCAGAGGAACAGGUUACGUGGAAGUGCUGGUGAUACCCACCGGGGCCCGAAGGAUCAAAGUCGUGGAGGAGAAGCCAGCGCACAGCUACCUAGCGCUGCGAGAUGCAGGGAAGCAGUCCAUCAACAGCGACUGGAAGAUCGAACACUCCGGAGCCUUCAGCUUAGCGGGGACUACGGUUCACUACGUGAGACGAGGCCUCUGGGAGAAGAUCUCCGCCAGAGGCCCCACCACCUCACCUUUGCACCUCCUGGUGCUGCUGUUUCAAGACCAGACCUACGGCCUUCACUACGAAUACACUGUCCCCUCUGCGCCCCCGGCCGAGAACCAGAGCGCCAGAGCCCCUGAACCGCUGUUCAUGUGGACACACACGGGCUGGGGAGACUGUGACACCACGUGCGGAGGAGGAGAAAGGAAGACAACAGUGUCUUGCACAAAAAUCAUGAACAAAAAUAUCAGCAUUGUGGACAACAAGAAGUGCAGACACUUAACAAAGCCGGAGCCACAGAUUCGCAAGUGCAACGAGCAGCCGUGCCAAACCAGAUGGAUGAUGACAGAGUGGACCCCGUGUUCGCGGACCUGCGGAAAAGGGGUGCAGAGCAGACAAGUGGCGUGUACCCAACAACUGAGCAACGGGACGCUGACCAGGGCCCGGGAGAGGGACUGCGCCGGGCCCAAGCCCGCGGCGGCGCAGCGCUGCGAGGGCCAGGACUGCAUGACCGUGUGGGAGGCAGGCGUUUGGUCUGAGUGCUCGGUCAAGUGCGGCAAAGGUGUCCGUCACCGGACCGUGAGGUGCACCAACCCCAGAAAGAAGUGCGUGCUCUCCACCAGACCCAGGGAGGCGGAGGACUGUGAGGAUUACUCGAAAUGCUACGUGUGGCGGAUGGGCGACUGGUCUAAGUGCUCAGUAACCUGCGGCAAAGGGAUGCAGUCGCGGGUUAUCCAGUGCAUGCAUAAGAUCACAGGAAGACAUGGAAAUGAGUGUUUUUCUUCAGAAAAGCCUGCGGCGUACAGGCCAUGCCACCUUCAGCCCUGCAAUGAGAAGAUUAAUGUAAACACCAUCACGUCCCCCAGGCUGGCUGCUCUGACCUUCAAGUGCCUGGGAGACCAGUGGCCCGUGUACUGCCGGGUGAUCCGCGAGAAGGACCUGUGUCAGGACAUGCGGUGGUACCAGCGCUGCUGUGAGACGUGCAGGGACUUCUACGCCCAGAAGCUGCAGCAGAAGAGCUGACCUCCGGCGGGCGGGCCGGCUCACCGCGCUUCGCGAGCACAUUAUUUAUAAACACACACACUAGCAUGUUCUUCAGACCAAACGUUAUCAGAUUACAUAUAAUUUAAUCAAAUUAAUUUAUUUUGGGGCCUGCCAAACAUCCAAUAUGGUGUUUGUCUUGGUAAUACAAACAUUGGGAUUUAUACUAUAGGGCUUCAUUAUUAAUUUUAUAUGAAUAAGUUGGAUCCAGUUACCAACAUAAAAAGAAAAAGGUAAAAAAAAAACACAAAAAACUAAGAUCAUUAGGCUUAAAGAUCAUUUUUUUUAAGUUAGGGCCGUCUCUAAGGUGCCACUCUCUCCCCUCCAGUAUCAUUGAGUUACACAGAAUGUAAACUAACGGAGUGUCCUAGUUCGGCUCUCCACCGAGAGUAACCGUUUUCGUGUUUCGGCGUCCGGCGCAGAGUCAGCCCAUUUCCUGUGCUCCGAGGGGGACGUGGAAACGCGACACACCUCCUGGUGUCGAGCAGGUUUUCAGAGAAUAUACUAUGAAUUGGGUUCAGAGUUAGAGACAUCUAUUGGGAAAAUUCUACUGUAAUUAUAACCUUAUUUUAAUAAUGGAAAAGAAGAAGUCAGACUAGAGACUUUGAUCAUGUUCAUGAACAUGUACUUGAACACGAGUAUUGUAACAAUGAAACACUGUAACUAAUGAUUUACACUGAAUCACCAUUGCACUGUCGACAUAGUGUAGAGAAACCAUUAUAGAAAUGGUGCCAGCCUGCAACAAAGUGUAUUACUUUAACGUGUUGUCAUUAGAUUUUAGCUUUUUUUAAUAUUUUGACCCAAGAAAGCAUUGAUCCACCCAUUCCCUUGUAUCUUUUUAGCAGAUUUUAAAAGAAUAUAGUACUUAACCUCACAAAUCAUGAUGAGAGAAUUGACUAAAUAUUUUUCAGCCUUUUCCCUAGAAACAAGGAAAAACAAAAAGCUGAUAAUACUGUGGUAGUUUCAUUGUGUUUUUUUCUUUUUAAAAAUUAAAAAGUUUUACAAUUCUGUGAAACGUUAAAAA